UGCGGCGCGCGGCACGAGUGCCAGACGGUCUCCGGCUUCCGCGUCUGCCCAGCCCCGGCUCCAGCCCCGGCCGGAUCCUGGCCCCGGCCCCGGCCCCAGCCCCGGCUCCGGCCUCGGCUUCGGCUCCGCACCCGGCUCUGCCGCGGCCCACAGAACCGCCAGCGACGCCAGCGAAGCUUCGAGUUCCCAGGCUGGGGGACAUGCCGUGCCCGAGGGAGGAGGAAGAGGAAGCCGGCGAGGAAGCGGAGGAAGAGGAGGAGGAAGACAGUUUCCUCCCGCUGGAGCAGUCAGAGCCGCUGGGUGGCUCGGGCGAGGUGGACCGGCUGGUGGCCCAGAUGGGCGAGAUGCUGAAGCUGAACGCGGCGCAGGACAGCCCUGCCACCCCGUGCGUGUCCCCCGGGCCACCGUUGCCGCCCCCGGCAGCGGUGCGGGCAGACGGGGCAGGGCCCCCCGUUCUGCCGCUGCUUCUGCCGCCCGCGCCGGCCGAGUCGAUGGGCACAGCGUCCCCGGGGGCCGUUCGCUGCGCCCUCGGGGACCGCGGCCGCGUGAGAGGCCGGGCUGCGCCCUACUUCGUGGCAGAGCUCGCCGCGGGUCACGGCGCCCUGUCCCCAUUGCCUCCUCAGUCCAGCCUAGACGGGCCUUCGGGAGACGACAAGUGGAGCGCCCCAAAGCAGCUGUCCGGCCCGUGCCGACGAGGAUGGCUUCGGGAGGCCGCGGCCGCCCACCGCCUGCCGCACCGACGACGACGUGGGCCCCGGACCGACGUCCACGGCAUCGACGACGAUGACCCGUACCGGCUCCUGCAGCAGCUCGUGCUCUCGGGGAACCUCAUCAAGGAGGCCGUGCGGAGGCUUCGAUUAAGAGGGCCGCGGCCACGCGAAAAUGUUGCCCAACGCCCGUUCCCGACACCCCCGACGGCCACAGCACCCGAGUCCGCGUCCUCCAGCCCUCGCGCCGUCUUCAGCGACCCCGGCGCGACCGGAGGGAGCGCGCCGCUCAGAACUGGCGACGGCGUCCCUGUGCCGGGCAACUAGUGCCCCGGCAGUGCGCGCCGCGCCGGCCUGUGCCCGGAGCGCCAGGGAAUCCUCCAGAGGCUGCAUCUUUACUCAGACUGAUGAACUCACACUUCCGACGCGGGAAAAGAAGCUAACGACGAGGAAUCGAAACAUCGCCAAUGUGUUCGCGGGGCACUGAGGCCAAGGGCCCUGGUGUUGAAAAGCAGGGCUCGGUUGGCCCUAUGUAAGGCAUAUUACAGAGCGCACCCCCAGGUCACAGUCAGUAGGGCCCCUUAUUUGGCGUGACCAUUCUCGGAGGCACCUACAGCCUCCCUGGGCCUCCAGCCCGGCGACCAUGAGGCCACAGGUCGUGCUUCUCGGGAUCGCCAUGCUCCCUGAGGAUGAGGAUGACCCCAGUUACUUGUUUUACGUUUUCAGGGUUGGUUCCUGACUCACUUUGGGGGGAGGGGAACACGAGUAGACGAUCAUUUCAGGGAGUACCUCAAAACUGCCAGACUUGAAAAUUUACAACACUUAAAAAAAAAACCAUUUUGUGUCUUUUGGGGUGCUGAUUCUUAAAACACACGGUACCAUGAAAGGACCUUUUCUCUGUCCCUGCUUUGUAACUGGCCGCGGUUCCCCCGGUGGAGGGGAAAGCCGUGGUGUGUCCAGGGUGGGGAUGGGAGGUGGGCGGUGCAGCGCUGGAGUCUCCUGAGGACAAGCGCACAGCCACCGCCGCGGUGCAAGCUGGCGGGGACGUGUUGGGCGCCGGCACCUCCCGCGGGCCGCCGUACUCAGGGCUUUCAUGGAAACAGUCCAAAGACGUGGCCUCGGGUCCCUCCUCUCCCCCUCAGCUCUGCUGUUUUACCCAAGAGGGUGGUGCUGGUGCUCCUGGGGGCCCCGUCUGGGGGCUGGGGAGACGCCACGUGACGGGCACUCCAGGGACACCCAGCCUCACAGCAGCUUAUAAUGGGCUCUCCAGGGCCAUUUGCAAUAACAGCUGCAAUUCCCCGGGUAGACAGAGUUGAUUUCCUCCCUCUGCCCCUCCCCCAGCCAUGCCAGCUCGCCUUUGUAAGUGAAGGAAACCGAGUAGAAAAUGUGACCCUCCAAAUGGAGAAGCUGCACGUUUUGCCAUUGUAAACCGUGGUGAAGUUCGUAACGUACUGUUCACUCACUCUGAGGGAUUGAAGACCGGUUAGUUGGUGUUCUAGUUUUAUAAGAUUCAAUGGCCUGUUCAUCAUCCAGAUGUGGCUAUUGACAUAUCUACACUUCGUGCUGGAGUGUCUGGAAUUGUGGCCAUCCUGAUAAUAGGAUUUUAACUUAA